AGGGCACUGAUGAAGGGAACAGGGAGGGAUUUGGGAGUGGUUCAGGAUUCGUGCUGGAUUCGUGCUGGAGGUUCGGCGGUUUUCCGGCGGUUUUUCGGUAGCACAGCAGCCGCAGUGAGGACGUUAUACAUGUUAAUAAGAGGCAGUGUUUAGUGAUGGCGGAGGAUGUGGAUAAAACAGCGCCGUUACAGGAGGAAGACGAGGAGAAAGCAGUAAAUAAUCACGGUACCGGACGCACGCGCCGCAUCUGGGCUUUAUUCAUGAUCGUGUGCGCUCCGGUCAUCGGUGCCGUGAUUCAGUACGUCAGGAACACGCAGAUAACCGAGCGUCACGAAGCAGCACUGAAGACAUUAGGAGCAGAAGGACUUUUUCUCUUCUCGUCUCUGGAUGUGGAUCACGACCUCCACCUCAGUCCUGAGGAGUUUAAACCCAUCGCUGAGAAACUCACAGGCGUCGCUCCUCCCGCCGAGUUUGAAGAAGAGUUCGUCGCCGACCCGAACGGAGAGACGCUCACGCUUCAUGCGGCCAUGCAGCCGCUCCUGCUCCAGACCAUGACCAAGAGCAAGGACGGGUUUCUCGGGGUUUCCCACAGUGCGCUGAACGGCCUGCGCUCCUGGAAGCGUCCCGCCGUUCCGUCCUCCGGCUUCUCGGCCGCUCAGUUCCGGAUCUUUCUGCCCCCGAAGGGGAAAGGGGAGCUGGGGGACACCUGGUGGAUCAUCCCGAGCGAUCUGAACAUCUUCACUGGAUAUCUGCCCAACAAUCGGUACCACCCUCCCGCCCCCCGCGGCAAAGAGGUUCUGAUCCACACGCUGCUCAGCAUGUUUCACCCUCGGCCGUUCAUCAAAUCCCGCUUCGCUCCUCAGGGAGCCGUCGCCUGCGUACGAGCCGUCAGCGACUUUUACUACGACGUCGUGUUCAGGAUCCACGCCGAGUUCCAGCUGAACGACGUUCCCGAUUUCCCGUUCUGGUUCACGCCGGGGCAGUUCGCCGGCCACGUCGUGCUCUCCAAAGACGCUUCUCACGUCCGAGACUUCCAUCUGUAUGUCCCUAAUGACAAGUCUCUCAACGUCGACAUGGAGUGGCUGUACGGCGCCAGCGAGAGCAGUAGCAUGGAGGUGGACAUCGGCUACCUGCCGCAGAUGGAGUUGCGGGCGGCCGGCCCGUCUACGCCCUCCGUGAUCUACGACGAGCAGGGGAACGUGAUUGACAGCCAGGCGGAGGGAGGAGAACCCAUCCACUUUGUGUUCGAGGAGAUCCACUGGAGCUCCGAGAUCAGCCGAGACGAGGCAGCCGGUCGCCUCGAGGUCACCUUUUAUCCUUUCAAAAAGGUGCCGUACCUGCCUUUCCCAGAAGCCUUCAGCAGGGCAGAAGCAGAAGGGAAGCUGGUUCACUCCAUCCUGCUCUGGGGGGCGCUGGACGAUCAGUCCUGCUGAGGCUCGGGGCGAACUCUCCGGGAGACAGUUCUGGAAAGUUCGCCCGUCUUGGCCCUGCUCAAUCAGAGCUUCAUCAGCAGCUGGUCUCUGGUCAAAGAGCUGGAGGACCUGCAGGCCGAUGAGAAGAAUCCGGAUUUGAGUCAGAAGGCGCGUUUACACCUGGAGCAGUACAGCUUCCCUGUGGAGAUGAUGGUGGUGUUGCCUAACGGGACCGUGGUUCACCACAUCAACGCUAACAACUUCCUGGACCAGACGUCCGUGAAGCCGGAGGAGGACGAGUUGGGGAUGGGGUUCAGCUUCUCGGGUGGGUUUGAGGAUCCGUCCACAUCCACGUACGUCCACUUCCUGAAGGAGGGACUGGACAAAGCCAAAACUUACCUCUAAUCAUCAUCAUUUGAUCAUCAUCAUCAGAAGAUUUUUUCUACACUUGAUUUUGUGAGCUGGGGUUAAUCCUAGUGUGCUGGUUAUUAGGAAAUUUUAUACAAUCCGUCCUUUAAAAAAAAAAACACGCGACACGAUGAUUAUGUAGCUAAAAAGUAACUGAAGCUAAAUAACAGACUUUUAGCCGAACCGUUGCUUCAAAUCUUUUGUCUUUCGGCCUUCAGUCUCCGCAGGUUGUGUAACGAAACCGUGACGUUCACGCUAGUUUGAAGUAGGAGGUCAGACCCGUCGGACAAGAUGGCGUGUGAGUGUCGAAUCAAAUCGUAGAACGCACUCGGAGAACGUCGGCGUCUUCUGCCUUAGCCGGCUUCGUCACACCUCGCCAUAAAUGACGUAGAAAAAUAUUUUGUAAAUCUUUACAAUGCUGGAGUUAAUAUGGCUUAAAGACACGGUUCUCAGUUUGGGGUGUUAAUGUAUUUUUUUAAAAAAAACAACAAAAAAAAAACAGAUGUGUCAAAGGACAACGGUUUUUCACUCAGGGGUGAUGGGACUUUCCAGAAUGCCAUACAUGGUACACGUGUGCUUGCGUGUAUGUGCGUGUGCGUGAGUGGCGGCGCGUGUGCGUGGCCGCGCGUGUGUGGGCGUCCUUGCAUGGAACAGUUUGUGAUGGCCUGCUCUGAAAGCUUGCACUAGUGGGACCAGGCCUGAUGUCUUUGUUUCAGUCCAGACACACACACACACACACACACACACACACACACACGCACACACGAACAGUACAAUAACACAAACACACCCAGCCAUACCGCCUUGUUGAACACACACACACACAGAACUCAGUAGAUCAGUGGAUGGUCUCGUCUCGUGUUCAUGAUCAGUAUUAAUCUAUGCAAAAUGAUGUCCCUGAUAUUUGGGGUCUUUUGUUUACGAAACAUAAACCCAGUGUUACUGUAAAAAAAAUCAACCCAGCGAUCAUAUUAAACAUUAAAAACAAAAGCCACUCUAAAGACGAUCAGAGGAAGUUUUGAGGUGAAGCUCAGAGUAAAUAAUUAAUAAAAAGUCUCCUAUAGUCGUUACAAUAACGUGGGCUGAAAGAUGUCUGAUGUUUGCUUCUGUAGAUUUGCACUUGAGCUACAAGGUUAACAUAAACUAACAACUAAUAAAACUACUAGAGCUUCAAGCCGAACGUCAACAAAUUUAAGUGAUCCGGUUUUUAUUAUUAUUCUCCUGUCAAAUAAAAUGAUCUACGUAUACAGUUAUUUCUAAAACGUUGUUGUUUCAUGUCCGCAAUUUAAGAUAAAUCAGGCUAGUCGUUCAAUUUACACAAAGAUGAGUUAGCGUGUCUCUGGUAGCAAAUCGCUGCAGUGGCCGAGGUACGUUAUUUUUAGUCGCAAUUUGGCUGUUUUUAGCUCUCGGGAAACAUCGUGGGCUAAAUGGAAAUCAGCCAUGAGGUGAAAAUGCUUGGUUGUUUAUUGUGACUUUGCAUUUAUUAAGAUGACGAAAAAUAUCAGCAUAUGUUUUGUUUUUUUUUGAGUUUGGUUUGUCCUAUGAAAAACUUACCUACAAUUUUAGAAAAAAGCUCUUUCUAGAAUGGCCACCAUGAUAACGUAACAGCGUUUAGCUACCUAUAAGCGUACUAUAAGUUUAACUCUGUCCUAAACCACAUCAUCAAUCCUGAGCGACAAUCCCAAAGAAACUGAGACAAUUGACAAAACAUUUUAACUAGAAUUUGUAGCUAAAUUCGAACUUGUUAGCCACAUUAGCAUCGAAGCUUCGGUGGAAACAUUAGCAAGCUUCGGAUUUGCGUUGAAACGAUGAAACAGUGCGGAUUUGUCAUGUUGACUGUACGAAAAUUUUUACUGUACAAGGUUUGUGUUGUGGAUUAAAAUAAUGUACCGUAAAAUAAAGACCUUUUCUACUAA